ACCGUGCCGGGGCGGAGCCCUCGCAGCCGCUGCUGCAGAAGUUUCGCUUCGCCUGGGGAGCUUGGAGGCCCCCCGUGCGCCCCUGGACCCGUCGCCCCGACCACCCAGCACCGCGAUCGAGACCCGCAGAGGGUACAACCGAGGCCGAAGCGGCAGGACUUCCCUUUUAAGUAUAGAAUAAAUCAGACACACAGUGAACUGCAGUGUUCUUGAGCUCCUUGAACUUGAAGUCAGCUGGGCCUGCUUCUAAUUAAUAUUUUCCAUCCAUCAUCUUUGGGCACUGGAAGAAAACUCAACCAGAACUUGAAGCAUUCCAGAGACUUCCAGCAGCCAUUGGACUCACAAGGACACAACGAUUGCUUUUGGACCAAUCUGUCUAAUCCAAGGGACAAAGGUGCAAAGAGAGGAGAGAAGUCACCCCAAGAAGGCCCAUGAGUAAAUUCUGUGCCUAACUCUCUGAUACACCUUGCCAUGGAGGAUGGUUAUCGAAACAAUCCCAACCUCUACCGGGGGGCAAGGGAUAUAGCUCGAGAAACCACCCGGACCCAAGGGAUGGAUGACUACAGAUAUUCUGACAACUAUGAGAGUUACGGAUCUGGGGACAACUAUUACCGUGGUGGUGGUGAGUCCAACCCAGAAGAUGAUGCACAGAGCGACGUCACCGAAGGCCACGAUGAAGAGGAUGAGAUCUACGAGGGCGAGUACCAAGGCAUCCCACACCCUGAUGAUGGCAAGACCAACCAGACCAAGAUGGCAGACUCCAGGGCUGGUGGCUUCUCUGGGCGAGCCGCCAUGAUGGCCGAGAGAGUGGAGGAUGAGGAGCAACUGGCUCACCAGUACGAGACCAUCAUGGAGGAGUGUGGCCAUGGGCGCUUCCAGUGGAUCCUCUUUUGUGUCCUGGGUCUGGCCCUGAUGGCUGACGGGGUGGAGGUGUUCGUGGUGAGCUUCGCCCUUCCCAGUGCCGAGAAGGACAUGUGUCUAUCCAGCGCCAAGAAAGGGAUGCUCGGGCUAAUUGUGUACCUGGGCAUGAUGGCAGGGGCCUUCGUCCUGGGCGGUCUGGCCGACAAGAUGGGCCGCAAGCGGGUCCUCAGCAUGUCUCUGGCCAUCAAUGCCUCCUUCGCUUCCCUCUCCUCCUUCGUGCAGGGCUACGGGGCCUUCGUCUUCUGCCGCCUCAUCUCGGGUAUCGGCAUUGGUGGGGCUCUGCCCAUCGUCUUUGCCUAUUUCUCCGAAUUCCUCUCUCGAGAAAAGCGUGGAGAACACCUCAGCUGGCUGGGCAUAUUCUGGAUGGCAGGGGGCAUCUAUGCAGCCUCCAUGGCCUGGACCAUCAUCCCGCACUAUGGCUGGGGCUUCAGCAUGGGCACCGCCUACCACUACCACAGCUGGAGGCUCUUCGUCGUGGUGUGCGCCCUGCCCUGCGCGCUGGCCCUGUUGGCACUGAAGUUUAUGCCCGAGAGCCCCCGUUUUCUGCUUGAGAUGGGCAAACAUGACGAGGCCUGGAUGAUUCUCAAGCGAGUCCACGACACCAACAUGAGGGCCAAGGGGACCCCCGAGAAGGUCUUCACAGUUUCCAACAUCAAGACGCCCAAACAGAUGGACGAGUUUAUUGAGAUCCAGAGUUCCACAGGCACCUGGUACCAGCGCUGGCUGGUCAGAUUCAGGACCAUGUUCAAGGAGGUCUGGGACAACGUGCUGUACUGCAUCCUGGGGCCCUUUCGGAACAACACACUCAUGCUGGCUGUCAUCUGGUUUACCAUGGCUUUAAGUUACUAUGGGCUGACUGUUUGGUUCCCUGACAUGAUCCGCUACUUCCAAGAUGAAGAAUACAAGUCGAAAGUGAAGCUGUUCUUCGGUGAACACGUGCAUGGAGCCACCAUCAACUUCACCAUGGAAAAUCAAAUUCACCAGCACGGGAAGUUUGCUAAUGAUAAAUUCGUCAAGAUGUACCUGAAACACGUUGUCUUUGAGGACACACUUUUCCAUGACUGUGUCUUCGAAGAUGUCACAUCCACCGACACCUACUUCAAGAACUGCACCAUCAAAUCCUCCCUUUUCUACAACACAGACCUAUACGAGCACAAGUUCAUCGACUGCCGCUUCGUCAACGCCACUUUCCAGAAGCAGAAGGAGGGCUGUCACAUGGACUUCGAGGAGGACAAUGACUUUCUCGUUUACCUCGUCAGCUUCCUGGGCAGUCUGUCCGUCCUGCCUGGCAACAUCAUCUCUGCGCUGCUCAUGGACAGGAUCGGGAGACUUCGGAUGAUUGGUGGCUCUAUGCUCGCCUCUGCCGUCUGCUGCUUCUUCCUGUUCUUUGGCAACAGUGAGUCGGCCAUGAUUGGCUGGCAGUGCCUGUUCUGUGGGAUCAGCAUCGCGGCCUGGAAUGCUCUGGAUGUGCUCACGGUGGAGCUGUACCCCACUAAUCAGAGAGCCACCGCCUUCGGCCUCCUCAAUGGACUCUGCAAGUUUGGCGCCAUCUUGGGAAACACUAUCUUUGCUUCCUUUGUUGGGGUGACCAAGGUGAUCCCCAUCCUUUUGGCUGCAGCCUCCCUGGUUGGAGGCGGCCUCCUGGCUCUCCGACUCCCAGAGACCCGAGAGCAGGUUCUGAUGUGACUGGCCUUGGGGGCAAGGAGUGGGGAAUUGGCCACAUUUCUGGAACCUCAGAGGCUCCCAGACUUCUUGUCUGUCUAACGGUCACCCCCGAGACCCCUGGACAGCACAGACAAGUUGGUCUUGUGACCCCCCUACCCACACCCCUAGUUCUGGAGCUGUUGGUGUGUUUGUAACUCAGGUGAUGUGUGGCUUUUGAGGGACUGCUCUGGUCACCUUUAGGCUCCCGCCUCCAGCCUCCCAGAUCUGCUUGACUUCCGGCCUUGCAGCAACAGGCAGGAAGUAAAGACAAAGUCCCAGGAGGAUGCCAGCGCUCAGCAAUGGACCCUGCAGGGACAAAGCACUUCUGAGUCUCAGCCAUGCCUAGAAACUUCCUUGGGGCUCAGGGAUGGAACAGAUUUCCCUGGUACAGAGUCAGCCUCUGCCUCAAGGGGUGGGGCUUGGGGGGAAAGUGCCCCAUGGAGUCAGACACAUCCAAACACCUUCACUCACUGUUUCCACUGGGACACAGGCUGGAGUUGCCCUUUGGAAAGAGGCUGAUUUGCCCAGCAUAUUUUUGGCUCGCCAACACUCCCCAGCCCCUUCAGCUUUCUCCCUGGGAAUCUUUUCCAUAUGGAGAGUUAUCUGCUUUUCCUGCUCAUUCCCUCACAGGCAGGUUCAAGGACGCCCUUUCCUGCCUAUGUGUGUCCCAGGAUUCUUAUUCUGUCACCAAACUUUGUACAUAGCUGUGCUUGGGUUCCUCGAGCAGAAAAGGACCCUGCAAAUCUUCACCGAGCUCCGUUGGUUGUGGGGUCCAGGAGACUGGGCGCAAGCACAGUUUCUUAAAGCCAUUUAUUUCACAGGGGGGCAUUUGGGGGUGCGCAGGUGAGCUGCAGCGUGCAGCCCACGUAAUCCAAGCAAUUGUCUCCAGAAGGUGCAGCCGACAUUUCUGUCUUAUACGAAUCAUCUGGAAAACUCCAGCUCAGUUCUGGCUUUGGGUUUUUCCACUCCCCCAGAAACAACAACCCUACCCCAGCUAAACCCUUAUAGUGACGACUCUCCUAUGUUCUUCAGCUGCAAAUCCUUCCCUCCCUCCAAGACCUCCUGUCCAAAGGGUAAAGUCUCUGGAGAAAUCUCUGAUUUCGGGUGCUUUGUUGGGUGCAGGAGUUAUGGCGGAUCAAACCCAUUUGAUGUCCAGCUCUGACAUCGUCAAUCUUUCUGGCGCUUUACCUACUUCUGAAGCCAACCCGGGUGCAGCCUGUCUCAUCCAUCACCUGGGCCUGUGCCAGGGGGCAGCUGUGCCCAGGAGGGAUUGCCUGGCACUUGAGCUUGGCUGCC